GUAACUAGUAAAACGGCAACUGCGUUCGCGUCUACUUGUUGAUUUUAUCUACCACCUGCAGCACAAUAUACUUCAAAUAUUUUUCUCUCUCCGCUCGUUCGCUCAUCACCGCACACCGCUCGCUCGAAAAUCCAACGCGGCGCAUUUCGAAUAAUUUAUUGGAGAAGUGCGUCCCGCCGACGCCGUUUCGUUUACCGAAACACACACCGCACACACACACGCGCACACACGACUACUACCGCAGAUAGCAGUGAAGAGUCGUUAACAAAUUGUAAAAAUGCACAAUUUAGCUCAUAAUGUUCCAGUGUUGAACUCGCCAUCAUCAUUUGUGUAUAAUCAAUUCGGAACUUAUGGCACAACUUAUAAUCAAGUUUGUCAGUCUUCUUUGAUAGCGACAGUCCAACCUCCACCGUCUGUGUCCACUUAUAUUAACUCGAUGGUAACCGCUCAAACAAUUACAACACCAGUCGUUUCCUCGAUAAACACUCAAAUUGUGGAUAGUCGCAAUGUUCUGUCUAAUAUACCGUCGCCGACCAUACCCAUGUUUUCGAUUAACAGUCGUCCAAACACAUCAACCAGAGAACAACAUUCAAAUACUAGAACAACCAAUCCAAUCUUGUUUAAUAACUCAUCUAUGCAGCAACAGUCAUUUUCCACGCAUCAUGCUAUAUUAGCAGAGUCGCUCCAAUUAUCGAUACCAGCGCAUCAAAACAGAAUAAUUUCAUCAAACCGAGAUCCAACCACGUUUAAUAAUGUUUCAACACUACAUCGUAUAGUCCCUUACCAAGCGGUGUUUAAUCAAUUUUCAACUGGAAUGCCAAACACUUCUCGACACAAUAUCACUUUUGGACCUGAAGGCAGUAAUUUGUUUAUAUACCAUUUACCACAAGAGUUUAGUGACAACGAACUAACACAUAUGUUUAUGCCAUUCGGUCAAGUGCUCAGCUCAAAAGUAUACAUAGACAGGGAAACAAAUCAAAGCAAAUGUUUCGGUUUUGUAUCAUUCGAUACCAACAAGUGCACAAACUGCCAUUCAAGUAAUGAAUGGUUUUCAGAUCUGUCAGAAGAGAUUAAAAGUACAAUUAAAACGCCCAAAGGAAAAAAAUAAUAGUAGAAUUUAUUUUUAAACGCAAUUGAUUUAUCAAAUUUGAACGUUCCUACGUAUUUAAUUUAAUGUAUGAAACCAGUCAGUAAACCGUAAAAUUAAUAAAAUAAUAUUACUUGUUAGUAAAUUAUUAAAGGUAAACAUUUUUAUAAUUGUAUCUAUUAUUCUGAGCUAAAAGUUAAAAAAAAAAAAGUAAAAUUAUUAAUAAAUAAAAUAUAGAUUUGAGAUUUCGUUAGGUUUGUCAAUAUAAAUUGUUUAAAAAUACCUAUCAACUUAACAAAAGAUAUCACGUAGGUACACAUACAAAAAGUAGUUAUAUUAUAUAACUUAAGUUUAAUCAAGCUUUUUUAUGGUUUCAUACAAUUACUGAAAGUAGGAAAUGAUUAGAUUUGUAUAGAAACAGAGAAAUUUAAAUAAAUGUUAUAAUUUAUUAUUUAUGCACUCGAUUUAUUUUUAAACACACAACAAUUUUUUUUUUUUUUUUAAUUAAUUGUAUUAUUUUGAUUAUAAUUUUUAUUAACAGCUACUGGAAACAAAAAUAUUAAUUCAUAAAAUAACAUUAGGUAAUUAUCACAAAAAGUUAAAACUAAAAAUUACUUACAUUAUACUGUAAUGCAGUAUAAUAAAGGUACGAAUACCAUACAUGACAAUAAAAUAUCUAUAUAAAACGCAGAUUACUGUAGUUGAAAUUAAAUUUAAAAAAAUAUUGUAGAGUAAUGAUGAGGUUAAAAUAAUAUAAUUUAGUGUUUGGGAUAUUUAAAUAUUUAACUGUAAAAUUUACAGUCAAAGAAAAAUUCUUUAAUUUA